GACAAGACGAACGGCACCGCGAUGGCUCCGAGUACGGCUUACCAAAAAUCCACGGGCAAAACCGUGAGCCCACCUUUUCGCAAGGAACCACCGACGCUGUUGGCCAAAAUAAAGCGCGAAUAUCUGAAUCUCACCUUUGCUAAAUCGUUAAUCUUCGAUCCCGCCCGGUUGCCCCUGGUUUCCGUGAUAAUUCUUGCGAUCGAUUUCGUGCUCAACGUGCUCAUCGUGCAAAAUGUGCCCUACACCGAGAUCGACUGGAAGGCGUACAUGCAGGAGUGCGAGGGUUUCCUCAAUGGCACCACCGACUAUUCUCAGCUGCGAGGUGACACCGGUCCGCUAGUGUAUCCAGCCGGCUUCGUGUAUAUUUAUAGUGCGUUCUACUUCAUCACCUCUCGCGGUACCAACAUUCGGCUUGCGCAGUACCUCUUCAUCGUGAUCUAUCUGCUGCAGCAGACGCUGGUGCUGCGGUUGUACUGCAAAAGUCGCAAGAUCCCGCCGUACGUGAUGGUGAUCACGAUGUUCACCUCCUACCGUAUCCACUCCAUCUACUUGUUGAGGCUCUUUAACGAUCCGAUAGCAAUUCUGCUACUGAACGCUGCCCUCAACGCGUACAUCGAUGGUCGCUGGACGCUGGGAAGCGUCCUGUUGAGCUUGGGAGUAUCGGUGAAGAUGAAUAUCUUGCUGUUUGCUCCUGGCAUUCUGCUCCUGUUCAUUACUAAUCUCGGCUGGAUGGGUACGCUGCGGCAGUUGAUCGUUUGCGGCGGGAUCCAGCUGCUGCUCGGAGCUCCUUUUUUGCUCACAUACCCAUGGGCUUACCUAAAGGGUAGCUUCGAUCUGGGGCGCGUCUUUGAGCACAAGUGGACCGUAAACUAUCGUUUCCUCGAACCGGACGUAUUCGAGAGUAAAUUGUUUCACCUGGCACUGUUGGCGCUGCACCUCGGACUGCUGGCACUGUUUGCGUCGCCCUGCUACAAAUACUUCCAGAACUAUUGCCGACUGCGCAACCUGGAAAUGAUGCUGGCACCACAGAUUGCGGCUCAGAACCGGGUUGAAAAAGAGCAGGCAGCCAAACAGCAGCAGAAACAACGGCAGAUAGCGGGCAAGCGCAAGGAGGAAGAGAAGCUCAGCGUCGAGCAGGAAAAGUUCCUGAAAUCGUUCGAAAAGGGCAUCAAACAGAUGGCUGAAAAGGAGAAACAAAAGAGCACGCCAGAAACCAUCGAGCCCGCAGCUGCCGGUCCGAACAAGUUUUCCAUUCACUUUGACCGGUCCACCCAGCUGGCACUGCUGCCGAUAUUCCUGUCGAAUUUCAUCGGUAUCGUGUGUGCUCGCAGUUUGCACUAUCAGUUCUAUGUGUGGUACUUCCACAGCCUGCCCUACCUCACCUGGUACACGGAGUACGGGACUAGCUUGAAGUUCUUGUUGCUGCUGCUGAUCGAGUUUUGCUGGAACACCUAUCCCAGCACCGUGCUGAGCAGUUUGACGCUGCACGGAUGCCAUCUGGCGCUAUUGUACGGUAUCGGGCGGAAAAUGUUCCGCCGCAUUCCCGACCUUGCGUAGCUGGGUAAACCGAACCGAGAGGAGUUUCGGAAGACUCGGUCCAAUCGGUUGUGCCGUUCUUCCACAAAUGUGCCUUUAAUGAUGGAUCCAGUUUAAGCAGCGUGUGUGUAAUGAUGGACUGGUAGCUCUCGACAUACGUUUACCAGGAAUUGUGUGUUUUAAAUCCGUUUAUUUAUAGUAGAUUUGCAUUUUGUUAGCAACCAACAAUAAAACGAAACCGCCAAUUUGAAAAGCGAAACCGCGAGAGAAGUUUUCAACUCACCAUCGCCCUAAACGCGGCAACCGCGUGUUUUUGUUGUUGUUUUUGUGAGAAAACGCGCGCGAUUUUCGUUCCGCCGCCGCGAUCGAUUUCCCGGAUAAAAACCGUCGAAAAGGCGU